UGCAAGUCUGCGUUCCAAUGUUCACUCUUCUUGUAUACCUCUGCUUUCUCUUCAAUUUGUUGUUUGUCAUCGCUUCCACUGGCAGCACUCCGCCUUACACCCCCACAGAUUAUAUCCUUAUCAACUGCGGCUCAUCCUCGAAUUCAACCUCAGUUGAUGGCCGGAACUGGGACGGUGACGCGGGCUCAAAAUUCUCACCGAAUGACAUGGCAAAUAUUUCAUCAGCAGUCACAGCUACUGAAUUCAACUCCUCAGUUAGCGAAGUCCCUUUUUCAAGCGCCCGAAUCAUCCUUUCUCGAUUCUCUUACACCUUCCCAGUCAGCCUAGGCAAAAAGUUCCUCCGCCUUUACUUCCACCCUACCUCGUACUCCGGCGGUCACAAAACAACUGAGUCUUUUUUCAACGUCACAGCUAAUAACUACACCCUUCUCAGUAACUUCAGUGCAUAUCUCACAGCUUCUACCGAUUUAUUCACACUAGGCUUUGUUAAAAAAGAAUAUAUCAUCAACGUUCAAUAUAUGAAUCAAUUCCUCAAUGUUACCUUUUUGCCCUCUUCAAAUUCCUAUGCUUUCGUUAAUGGAAUUGAAAUUGUUUCAAUCCCAGACGAUCUCUACAUGGGCAACAUUGAUAACCUCAAAGUCAUGGAUGGCCAGUUCGAGUUUGUUCAGGACAGGACUGCCUUUGAAGCUCUUUACAGGCUCAACGUAGGAGGUGAUGUUGUUUCUGUGGUGGACGAUAGUGGGAUGUUCCGGGGAUGGGCUCCAGAUGACGAUUUCCUCUGGGACGUUAAAAAAGGAAAUCCAGUGAGCAAUGAUGAAAUUGCCAUAAAGUACACUCCACUGACCCCAAAUUACACCGCGCCCCCAGUAGUGUAUACUACUGCAAGGGCGAUGGGAAAGUUCAGCACCAACUUCAACUUGAGCUGGAUGUUCCCUGUUGACUCUGGGUUUUAUUAUCUCAUGAGGUUGCAUUUUUGUGAGAUUGAUCCUGAUUUGAUUGCAGCGGGUUACGAACGGGUGUUCAUAAUAUUUAUAAGUAACAGAAUAGCUGAGCCAGGAGCUGAUGUUAUUCAUUGGGCAGGCGGCCAAGGAAUCCCAGUUCUCAGAGACUACCUCGUGUUCGUUCCAAACCCACCAGAGGGUCGCCAGACCAAGCAAGGCUUGUUUCUUGCUCUGCACCCAAAUCUUGACGUCAAACCAAAAUAUGCCGAUGCAAUCUUGAAUGGCUUAGAAUUGUUCAAAUUGAAUACCUCCGACGGCAGUCUUGGCGGGACCAAUCCUAAUCUAUCGAAGGAUCCCAAUUCUCUGGCAUCAAACAAGAAGUCACCGAUUAAGGGGAGUCCCGGAAAACCUCGGGUACUGUUUGCUGCCAUUGGAGAAGGGGCGGCAGGAGGGGUUUCCUUGAUUUUAAUCCUUGGUUUCUUAAUUUUCCGGUGGCGAUGGAAGAGAAGGGUAAAAGACUUGGACCAGAAAAGUGCUCCAAAGUCAUCUUGUACCCCACUUUCAACCCCACCAAGGUCAACAAAGACUGGAGCUUCAGGUUCAUCGUCGCUUAGGAGAUUUUUGUUGGAAGAGAUUAGAUCCGCUACUGCCAACUUCGAUGCCAAGUUUGUGGUUGGGACCGGGGGAUUUGGAAACGUGUACAAAGGGUACAUAGACAACAAUCUAACCACGGUUGCGAUAAAGCGAUUAAAUCCUUCAUCAAGACAGGGUGCCCGCGAAUUCCAAACCGAGAUCCAGUUGCUAUCAAAUUUAAGACAUCUUCAUUUGGUUUCUUUGAUAGGCUACUGUGAUGAAAAGGGUGAGAUGAUCUUGGUUUACGAUUAUAUGGCUAAUGGGACCCUCCGCGAUCAUCUCUAUAGAACAGACAAUCCACCGCUCCCAUGGAAACAACGCCUUCAAAUCUGCAUUGGCGCCGCCAAAGGGUUGGAUUAUCUCCACACAGGCACCAAGCACACUAUCAUUCACCGCGAUGUAAAGUCAACCAACAUAUUAUUGGACGAGACAUGGGUGGCCAAAGUUUCGGAUUUCGGAUUAUCCAAACUCGGUCCGAGUGGGAUUUACAGCCAUAUCAGUACGCAGGUCAAGGGGAGUUUCGGCUACAUAGAUCCGGAGUACUACACGAGACAGCAAUUGACGGACAAGUCCGAUGUGUACUCAUUCGGGGUGGUUUUGUUUGAAGUUUUGUGUGGUCGGGCACCUAUUAUUCUAGACUUACCCCAGGAGCAGGUGAAUUUGGCUGAAUGGGCCAAGAAGUGUUACAAAAAAGGGAUUAUCCAUCGAGUUGUGGACCCAGAUGUGAAGGGCGAGAUUGCUCCCCAAUGUUUGAGGAUUUUUGCUGAAACGGCCAUUAAUUGUUUGAACGAUCAAGGGAUUCAACGACCGGGAAUGGAUGAUGUAGUUGGUGGCCUUGAAUUUGCAUUGCAAGUCCAGGAGGCAGCUGAAAAUGAGGGUGGUCGACCUGAUCCAUUUCCCUUGCAUAUGCAUGGAGGAGAUGUGCAAAAUAUGACCGAUGAUGAUACGGAUGUGAUUUCUGAAUCAGGAGGUGACCAAGAUUCUGCUGGCAAGAUCGAGAUGGUGGUAUUACAACUUGGACAUCCACGGCAAGCAGUGACAACUUCAAGGUUUGACAGUGUUUUCUCUGAGAUUACGAAUCCCACUGGACGGUAAGGUUUUUUAAUCAACAAACCAACCUUGAGGCUUGAACCUAAAAUAUUCAUUUCAGAGGACUCAAGAGUCUGGUACGCUGUGUCGUUCUUCUUUGUCGCUGUCUUUUUUUUUUUUUUUCUUAUAGCAAAUGUAUAGUAUUGUGUGGUUUUGAUUCAUGCAAGCGCUGCGUUAACUCAUAGUCAAAGUUUAGUUCUGUAUCAAAUAAAUCCCGUAGAAUAUGUAAAAUUGUGUUGUUGUGCCAUAUUAUUAAGGAAAUAUUGACAAGAUGAAAAACAUUUAA